AUGGUUCCAAAAGAGACGACACAAUUAUUGGUGGCCAAUCACAAAGCUAUGAUAUUUUGUGCGGUUUGCGGAGAUACGGUAAUAAACAAAAGAAAAAGUUUUCGGGAAAAAAAAAAGAAAAAAAAGUGUUUCAGGCUCUUGGCAAACAUUAUGGUGUAAAUGCUUGUAAUGGAUGUAAAGGAUUUUUUCGUAGAAGUAUUUGGAAACAUCGAACUUAUGCUUGUAGAUAUGGAGGAAAAUGUUCAAUUGCUAAAGGUAAAAUCAAAAGAAGAAAACUAACCACAACUGUGUUAGUUGGGAAAAAUCAAUUAACUCAGAAGUUCUAAAACUGUAACCACUUCGCAGUGUAUAAGAAUCCCGCUCGCUUGAUUUGAGACCAACUACGAUUGGGUUACUGUAGCAAAUAUAUUCAAAUAUUCCACUUCAAAAGUAUUUGACUUCCAUAAAUUUUGUUUAGAGAAAAACUUUCAAAAAUUUGACAUCGGGAACUUUAACGCUGGCUUGAAAAACAAAAAAAAACUGGGAAUCUCACAUUUAAAUAUUUACUAGAAGGGCUUCGCUGGCUAACGCCAUCUACAGUAGAAAUGACUAAAAAUAUUCGACUAUGGGAGAAAUUAGAACGAUCAGAUAAGAAACGUGGCCUAAUAUUUUUUUAGGAUAAAAACGUGAUCAUUCUUUUUUACAUGAAAAAAGUUUUGAAUUUUCACGUGAAAACUCGCGCAUUUUUUGAAAAAUCGAAUAUUAGCGCCUCGAUGGGAAAGAAUUUUGGAUCGAAUAGUGAAGGUCCCAUCAAAAAUGGUCUUUUGGAAAUUGAGAAAAGUCGAGCGACACAUUUUAAAUCCGAAAAAUACAUUGAGAUUUUCAAACUUUUGAUUCUCCGCGCACCCACAGACAUUUUGAGAAAGAAUGAAUAGGAUGCGCAUCGAGCUGCCAACAUUUAGAAACUUUUUAUUUUUUUGAUCAUCAAUUUUUAUGCGCACAGUUUUGAGAACGGGACCCGGACACACUAUUGCCAAAAAAAUUUUCCCAAUUAGUAUAUAGUAGAAGUAGAUUAAAAAUAAAAAAUCCACCCACGUGACCUGAAAUUUUAUUUUCAGUUUUCCCCGGUCACAUAAAUCGCUAUCACAAUUUUAUGAGGAAUCUCUGAAACUACAGUAACCCUAACAUUUUGCAGAACAAAGAAAUGCUUGUCGUUCCUGUCGCCUCAGAACUUGUCUUGAAGCUGGAAUGAAUCCACGAGCUGUUCAAGGAGAUUUAGAUUCAGCGUCCACUUCAAACAAUGUUGUAUCAGUAACAAAUGCUGGAAGCAAAAUUAUUUUACGAGAAGUUUCUUGUCAAACUGAAAAUGCUGUGACAACAUAUCCAGGAUCACCAUUACCAUUUUUGAAUUCGACAUCAUCGAUUAGUUCAGUUUCUUCAAAUUGUUCUACAGUUUAUUCAACAGCUUCAUAUUCUGGAAAUUAUUCAGGAAUUUCAAAACAUGAGCAAUUGUUAACAACAAUUCGAAAAGUUUUUGAUCGAGUUGAUGAAAAUAGUGUUGAACCAAUUACAAAUACUUAUAACUUUGAAACUGCAUUUUAUAAUCCGCAUUUGAUUUGUAAUCGAACACCAAUUAUGCCAACUGCAACACGUCCAGCUACACUUUAUGAAGUUUUACAAGAUUUUCGACGAGUUUUUGUGUUGUACACCGAUAUUUUGAAUGUGAUUCCUGAAUUCGCCAAACUUGAUGAUAAUGAUAAAAUGUGUUUAGCGAAAGGUCGUUUUGCAUUUUUCUAUUGGUGGUUGAGUUGUUGUUGGGGAGCAAGAGCUGAUUGUACAGGAGUUUGUUAUGCAAAUGGAACUUAUCAUCCAAUCGAUAAAAAUUAUCAAGUAUUCCCAGAUGUCAGGUAAAUAAUUCGAAUGAUUUCAUUUUAUUUUUCCUAUAAAAAAUAUUUUUUAUUUUCAGCAAUGUGACUGAAUUAUCUUGGGAAACAGUAACAUGUCCACUUCGAGAAAUUGGAAUAACUGAACAAGAAACAUUGAUGGGAUGUGUUUUUUCGAUUUUUUAUGAAUUCCCAGUUGCUCCUAAAAUAUCGAUUAGUGGAGAGCAUUUGUUGAAUGAAGCUAGAGAUUAUUAUACUCAAUGUAUGAGUUAUGUUUCGCCAUAUUAUGGAAUUGGUUCAGAAUUGAAAAAUGCAUCGAGAUUAGCUGAUAUUGCUUUGAUUUUCACAUCUAUCACUGUAAGUUGAUUCUCUUGAUUCCGAUUUUCAAUGAGAAAUAUGUUUCAGAACCUCAAAUAUUUGACAUCUGACAAUAUUGAACUUUCUGAUGUUUUACACGUCAUGGAAGUUGAUCAAUUUUUUGCCGACGCAUUCCAAGUUGGAAAAAAGAAUCGUUAA